ACCAGCUACUCACCAGAAUAAAAUAAGCCUGAGAAUAACUAAAAUGUUUGCGGAAGAAGCAACGCGUCGAGAAGCCCUGCCACUAACUCGAGACAGAUGUCAAAAAGCAAACACCACAGAAAGAAAUUUGGAAAGAACUUCUUUUGAUUCGCUCUUCUGGGUGGAAUAUUUCUCAACAGUUCAGAGGAUUGCAGUGUAUUCGUGGUACAUAUUCGAAGAGGCAGGUACUAUCCUAGACUUACGGAUGUUUUUGUAGCUAUAGUUUUUAGUAUUUUCGUGUUACACAGCUGGGUAUGUUGAAAGAAGGAGAGCCUAAUCGUGUUUCGGGACGUGAUUCCGGACUCGGUGAAGGACCCCCCCGUUCUGUCACGUUCGUCGGGCGAUAUGGAUUUGCCAUUAGCCCAGCGUCGAAGUCGGAGGAGGCAGAAUUCUAUGGCGCAGGUCACAAAAGCACGUGCUCGGCUUACUAGAUGAGACGCGGGAGACAGCAUGGCGCGAAAAGGACAAGGAAACUAGAGAGCGAACUUA